AUGCCAUCGUUGCGGCUGGGAACCGUGGAUGUCGCUUGGGAGUACUCGAUCAACGAUCUCUUCGUUUUUCGUGCUUGCUUCAAGCGAGACUAUGCAGAAUAUUUUGCGACAAGUCGGCAGGCUGCUCGGUUACUGCUAAAUGAAUGCGUUCAACAAGCUCAAAACCAUGACGUGGUCUGUUUAAGAAUGGCAGUGGUAGAGCUGGCAGCACUGGAAGCGGUGCUACCCAAUGAUGUCGAACUGAAAACUCUUACUGAAGAGAAGUCAACAGAAACCCUUCUCACUACCGAUGAGUUGCUGCGAAUGAUCGACCGGGUUGCUGACACAGAACCAAGGAUUGAAGGAGAUGAUCAUCGCGACGCCGUCGCCAGUACGGAUGAGUCCGAACAGCUAUUCGAACAGUUGAAUGCCCUGGCACAUCUCAUGACAGCCAUAACAGCGGCUCGGCGUUGUCCAGAUGUCGAAGCUCGAGCUCGUUUGAUAAGCGACGCUGCUGUGGCGACGACGUGUAGUGUCCGUCUACGACACGGCCUUGCUUUGUCUACCCAGUCUCUGGCUACCUCGCUUGUGGAAACAAAUUAUUCCGAUGGUUGUGCCCCAAGGCAUGAAACGGAAGCGCACGCCAUAGCUGGGGUCAACAUGGUGUAUGCAGCAGCAAUGAUGGGCGAAUGGGAUCGAGUUACAACGAUGCUAAGCCGAUUGAAGCUGUAUUUCACUCCGGAGUUGAAUUGGCAGGCAGCGCAAUAUGUCAAUCUCUGUGAUUGGAUCAUACUAUUCGAUGCAGCGAUUCUGCGUGGGCAAUGGGAUAAGUGCAUACCAGUGUUGGAGGAUAUAGAGACGCUGGAUCCGGCUGAAGCUGCAUUACGACUUCAGUUGCAGUUGGCAAUGUUUUUGAGCGCUGAAUAUCGGUGGAGUGCUGCCAUAGAAAUGCUACAAGGUGUACGUGAAGAAGCCAUUGGAGUCGAACAACGAAACAUUGCUGCAAUGGCUCUACGAAGAAUUGGUGUUGUUCAGUUGAUGAGUGGUGGCUAUGAAACGGCAUUGAAGAGCUUGACAGAAUGCCAAAAAGACAUAACAGACAGCUGUUCGAUUUUGGAAAGGGCCGUUUUGUCCAUUGCACUGGCCCAGGCCUAUUCGCUCACUGGCAACAGAAACGAGCAAUUGCAAUACCUGACCAAAGCUCGUGCGCAAUGUCGUCAAGCUGGAGCGAUUUUAUUCGAAAAGUUUGUGUUGACGGAAAUCGUGUUCUUCUAUCAUGAGCGCGGUGAUAUGGACGAACGUGAUGAUAUCGCCUCAGAGUUCGCCGCCAUCGACGAUCGUUAUGGCGGUCAUUUCGAUUGGAAACUCGUCUGA